CCUGUUGGGUUGUAGGAACUGACCAGCCCCAGAGUCCCCAAGUCACUCCAAGACACAGUGGCAGGAGGUAGCUGGCUUGCUGAAGGAAGAGAAUGCUGGUCUUCAGGAAGCAAGGGCAGCCUUGCACUUGGGCGCCCUCUGACCAGUACUGACCCGGGUUUUCUGACCUACUGGCUAACGAGACACAUUUGAGGACCCCCCUCCUGCUGCCUUGGGUUGCAGAUCUCGGCUCCAGGCUGUAAGAAAAUUAGGAGGAUUACCAAAGCAGCAUGGACCGGGACAGUGGCCAGCCCCUGAACAACCAUGAUAUCGCUGGCUUUCGCAAACCCCGCAGGUCCCUGGAGACCUUCAAAAAGGUGGGGAUCCCCAUCAUCGCAGUGCUGCUCAGCCUGAUGGCCAUCGUGAUCGUAGCCUUCCUCAUCAAGGUGGUUCUGGAUAAAUACUACUUCAUCUGCGGAAGUCCCCUGACCUUCCUUCCGAGGGGGCAGGUGUGCGACGGUCGCCUUGACUGUGCCUCGGGGGAGGAUGAGGAGCACUGUGUCAGAGACUUCCCGGACAAGCCUGGAGUGGCAGUCCGCCUCUCCAAGGACCGAUCAACGCUGCAGGUGCUGGAUGUAACCACAGGGACCUGGGCCUCUGCCUGUUUUGACAACUUCACAGAAGCACUGGCCAAGACAGCCUGCAGACAGAUGGGCUAUGACAGUCAACCCACUUUCCGAGCAGUGGAGAUCAGCACAGACCGGAAUCUCACAGUAGCUCAAGUCACAGGAAACAGCCAGGAACUUCAGGUGAAGAAUUUAACAGGGCCCUGCCGCUCCCUGGUUUCCCUGAGCUGCCUGGAAUGUGGAAAGAGCCUGAAGGCUCCUCGGAUAGUGGGUGGAGUGGAGGCCUCUGUGGAUUCUUGGCCGUGGCAGGUCAGCAUCCAGUACGACAAGCAGCAUGUCUGUGGUGGAAGCAUCUUGGAUCCCCACUGGAUCCUAACAGCAGCUCACUGCUUCAGGAAGUAUCUUGAUGUGUCCAACUGGAAGGUGAGAGUCGGCUCAAGCAAACUGGACCACAUUUCCUCCUUGUCUGUGGCCAAGAUCUUCGUCACCAAGGAGAAUGCCCUGAACUCCAGAGAGAAGGACAUUGCCCUUGUCAAACUGCGGGUGCCACUCACAUUCACAGGCACCGUCAGGCCCAUCUGCCUGCCCUUCUUUGAUGAAGAGCUCAUCCCAGGCACACCACUCUGGGUCAUUGGAUGGGGCUUUACAGAGCAAAGUGGUGGGAAGAUGUCCGAUGUGCUGCUGCAGGCAUCCGUCCAGGUCAUUGACAGCGCACGGUGCAAUGCCGAGGAUGCCUACCAGGGGGACGUCACCGCUGAGAUGCUGUGUGCAGGUACCCUACAAGGCGGCGUGGACUCCUGCCAGGGUGACAGUGGUGGACCUUUGAUGUACCACUCUAACCACUGGCAGAUAGUAGGCAUUGUGAGCUGGGGCUAUGGCUGUGGGAGCCCAACUAACCCUGGAGUGUACACCAAGGUCACUGCCUACCUCAACUGGAUCUACAAUGUGCGGAAGUCUGAGAUGUAACACUGCUGUCUGCCACAUCCGAAAGCAGCUUCCCCUCAGACCUGCCCACUGUCUGAUAUGUCGAAGUCAGACACAGGGCAAGGGCCUCCUUGGACACAACCCUGGUGUUUCCUGCAGCAUCCAAGGGCGCAGACACACAUGUUGAGGAGUGCCCGGAAGUAUGUCAGGUGUGCUGGCUCAACCACCCAUGUUUCUCCCGCAACCCCAGGGAGACAUGCAGUCCACGGAGGGAAGCCAGACUGUUGACUCAGUUCUCAGAUGUGCUAUUCAGCCAAGGAGACUCUCUCUCACACUAAAAGAAUGGAAGUCAGCUCUCUCCUGAGAGCCCAGAACACUAAGGGCUGAGCCAAGGAGAAAAAGGUCCAAAGGGCCUUUGUCCUCUUUGCCCAUUCUUAAAACCACUGUGAUAGGAAAUCAGGCAGUUCUAACGGAAGACGCAUAGUCUAGUGUUAGUUCGCUUUCGUUGCUGUUACCACCUGCCACUGUGGUCACUAUCAUUAAACAGGUAUGAAAAAUCUUUGGCAUAGGCUUCCUGGACAGCUUGAUAAGAAUCCAACUAAGACUGUGACAUCUUUAGUCUUUGGCUUGGCAUUGUGUGACUGUUCCCCAGAAAAGUGAACAAAUGUCCAGUCAAUCUUAUAAGGCACCAAGGACAAAGCAAAGAAAUUAUUUCACCUGAGUCUAGAUUGCUGAAUCAACGAGUUUAUUGGGACUGCUUGCAGGUGCAUGGGUAACUUGAAGGCAGCUGCGUCACCAAAAACGCCCACCUCCGGCCUAGACGAUAAUACAUGAAGGAGGCGUCAUUGAAAUUCUCUACCCAGAGCUCACACAGAAAUACUGACACUCUGUCCUGCAGAUCCACCAAUUUGCUGGCAAUUGGUGACUGCUUGUAUAUACUUGAAAAGGGCCUCAUGAGUCUUACAACUCUCUGGGCUUCUUGUGCUUUGUAGGUUUCAUAACCGACACCUUUCAUUAGCUUUCUAUAUGUCAUAAGCCUCCCUCCUCUUUCCAGGAAAGGAUAUUUCAAUUCAGAGAAAAUACAGACAACACUCCACCCCUUCCUCCAGCUCUUUUGUUUGUUUGUUUGUUUGAACCUCUUCAGUGAUAUUCCCUGAGCCUCAGAGGGGCUGAUAUAGACAGGUGGUGUCUCAGUUAGGGAUUCUAUUGCUGUGAUAAAACACCAUGAGCAAAAGCAACUUGUAAAGGAAAGGGUUUAUGUCAUCUCAUAAUUCUCAGGUCACACUUCACCACUGAGGGAAGCCAAAGCAGGAACUCAAGGCAGGACCUAGAGGCAGGAACUCAAGGCAGGACCUAGAGGCAGGAACUCAAGGAGAAGCCCCGGCAGCGCGCUGCUUACUGGAUUGAUGCUCACACAUUACUUAUCUCACUUCUUUAUACCUCCCAGACCAGGAGUGGCACCACCCACAGCCGACUGGGUCUUUAUCAACAAUCAAUUAAGACAAUGCCCUACAUUCUUGCAAAUGGGCAGCAUAGAUGGAGGCAUUUUCUCAGCUGAGAUUUGCCUUCCCACUUUUGACUCUAGCUUAUGUGAAGUUGGUACAAAACUAACCAGGAUAUGUGGUUAUUUUCUUCCACUUCACUGGGCCACUAAACCACA